CUGGUCUCUCCCUCUCCUUAGGUUCUUUAAUUUCUGCAAAUCCAUAGUCUCAAGCAAUACCAAAAAUGGCCGGAGGUGUAAUAACACCAGCAACUUCUGGAAAGGAUUACCCUGGCAACCUCACUCGCUCUGUCAUCAUAACAUGUGUAAUUGCAGCUACUGGUGGUCUAAUCUUUGGCUAUGAUCUUGGUAUAUCAGGUGGGGUUAUUUCUAUGGAUUCGUUCUUGAAGAAGUUUUUUCCUGCUAUAUACGAGAAGCAACAAUCAACUAAGCCAUCAGAUAACCAGUAUUGCACGUUUAACGAUCAGAUAUUGACGUUGUUUACCUCAUCUUUAUAUCUGGCAGCCCUUUUUUCAUCAUUAUGUGCUAGUACUAUAACUAGGGUAAUGGGACGGAGGGCUAGUAUGUUUUUUGGUGGACUUCUUUUUGCUGCUGGUUCACUCUUUAAUGGCUUUGCCAGCAAAGUCUGGAUGCUUAUUGUAGGUCGAUUGUUAUUGGGAUUUGGUAUCGGUUGUGCUAACCAGUCGGUUCCAAUUUAUCUCUCAGAAGUUGCUCCCUGCCGGUACCGAGGAGCCCUCAACCAGUUGUUCCAGUUGACCAUAACAAUUGGAAUUCUUGUGGCUAAUCUUUUGAAUUAUUUCUUCGCUAAGGUCGGAGGUUGGGGAUGGAGAUUGAGCUUAGGGGGUGCUAUAGUUCCAGCAUUCAUAAUUAUGUUGGGAUCAUGUGUCCUUCCUGAGACACCUAAUUCAUUGAUUGAGCGAGGGCAUAUUGAUCAAGCCAAAAAUAAACUUAUUAAACUUCGUGGUGUGUCCAAUGUUGACGAAGAGUUCAAUGAUCUAAUAGCAGCCAGCGAGGCAUCCAAGUUAGUGGAACACCCCUGGAGUAAUAUUACUAAGAGAAAGUACAGGCCCCAACUUACAAUGGCUAUUUGCAUUCCUAUGUUUCAACAACUCACUGGAAUGAAUAUGAUUGUCUUCUAUGCUCCUGUUUUGUUUCAAACAAUUGGUUUUAAAACUGAGGCCUCUCUCAUGUCUUCUCUAAUUACUGGUAUCGUUAAUUCUCUAGCAACCCUUGUUUCAAUUUUCACCGUUGAUAAGGUUGGGAGGAGAACUCUUUACCUUGAGGGAAGCAUUCAAUUGUUUAUUUGCCAGAUUGUUGUAGCAAUUGCGAUUGGGGCUAAGUUUGGAUUUGGUGGGAACCCUGGAGAAUUGCCAAAGUUGUAUGCAGCUUUUGUGGUGGUGGUCAUAUGUAUUUUUGUUGCUGGCUUUGCAUGGUCAUGGGGGCCUUUAUCUUGGUUGGUGCCUAGCGAAAUCUUCCCACUAGAAAUACGUUCAGCUGCACAAAGUAUCACAGUCUCAGUCAACAUGAUCUUCACCUUCGUAAUUGCGCAAGUUUUCACAUUAUUGCUUUGCAAAUUGAGGUUUUUCAUGUUCCUUUUGUUCGCUGUAUUUAUUGUGAUUAUGGCCAUUUUCAUGUACUAUUUGUUGCCGGAGACAAAGGGUAUCCCGAUUGAAGAGAUGGUCGUUGUGUGGAAGAGUCAUCCUGUCUGGAAAAGCUACUUCGAUCAAUCUUCUGCUUCUGCUAGCCUUGAAAUGGGCAACAAAGAUAAAGAUACCUGCUAAGUUUCUUGUCAAAAUGUUGUUAUUUUUAGUUGGGACUUGUUAGCUCUGGCUCGUUGUUUCUUGUUUUUUGUUCAUAAAAUUUGAUGUUCCAUGCAAAAAUUGCAUGGAUGAUUUUCCCUUUUCCUAAA